UGGCUCCUCCUUCCGCCAUGAUGUCAGCGUGAGGGAGAGCGAGAGGGAGAGAGGUGGGCUGUGUUCAGGAACUGAGUUCAUACAAUACUACUGAGACAUCUACAGCUUAGCAGACAGAUACGGUGAACCGCCUAUCCCGGCUCCUGUAAGUGAUGCUGCACUGAGGCACACUUUGAUCCAACUCCACUGGGGGGGCGAUGCGCUCUCUGCAUCCCUCCAUUAAGAGUUUUUUUUCCUUCCUUUUUGGGGAGCGCGCACCACCUCGAAUCAGUCUAAACAAGUGAUUUUAGAAUAACUUAGGUCCAAGCUUUCGGUUUUUCCACAGAUGUCCAUUUUUGCGCUCCUGGAUUGAAGUUUUACGCGCGGGUCGGGACGCGUUUUGACGCACACGUGUAACUCCGGUGCCAGCGAUUUCCCAGCUGGAAAAAUAAAGCAGAAAUUUGUCGAACGUAGGCUACAGAUGCAAAGUUUAUAAAAAAAAAACAACAACAAAAAAAAAAAACACACACACGCUUGGAUCAAUGCGUAUCUUCGCCGGUGGGACUGCGACCCGAAGACAUCCGAAGAGGAAUAACAGCGUCUCCUUUUCAAAGUUGUUCGCUGUGCACGAUUUGUUUUUUCUCUCUUGCACAUGAGGAUGCCGAUUUUUUAGCGCAUGGAUAAGUUUUUGUAGUGGAUAACAUUUUAUUUCCCCUCCCCUGCCUGCUCCGCAUUUUGCUGCUUCUGACGAGGAUCCUCUCUCAGCCCGACUUCAGUUUAAUUCAUGGCACAUCUUUUUAGUAAAUCAGUGAUGUCUCUCCGCGACGGUGCUCGCGGUUGAUUUUCCAUCCCGUACGAGAGGACAAGAAUUGCUGCUGUAAAAGUGAAGCUCCCAUCCGCUCCCGAGUAUGGACUUAGCAAGUCAGGCUCAUGUGCUGGGGGUCUUGCUCACCUGUGGGUUCUUGCUAUGCUGGGCCCAGGAGAGGGACUAUACGGUGAAGGAGGAGCAGCCAGAGAACGUCCGCAUCGGCAACCUGCGCAAGGACCUGGACCUCAACUUAGACCCCAACAUCAGGCUAUCCUCGCCGCUGCAGUUCAAGCCUGUGUACAAGACAGGUGACGUGCCUUUGGUGAGAGUGGAGGCCAACACAGGGGAGAUCUUUACCACCAAUCACCGAAUAGACCGGGAGAAGCUUUGCUCGGGGGUCUUCGCAGAGAAACGCUGCUACUAUGAGAUUGAGGUGGCCGUGCUGCCGGACGAGAUCUUCCGAUUGGUCAAGAUCCGCUUCCUGAUCGAGGAUGUGAACGACAACGCACCCCUCUUCCAGUCCACUGUAAUAAACAUCUCAAUCCCGGAGAACACAGCUAUCAACACCCGAUACCCAGUGCCCUCGGCAUUUGACCCUGAUGUAGGGAUCAAUGGGAUCCAACACUACGAACUGGUCAAGAGUGUCAGCGAGUUUGGCUUAGACAUCAUCGAGACCCCCGAAGGUGACAAGUGGCCACAGCUCAUCGUUCAGCAGAACCUGGACCGGGAGCAGAAGGACACGUUCGUCAUGAAAAUAAAGGUAGAAGAUGGUGGAAAUCCUCCCAAGUCCAGCACUGCCAUUCUCCAAGUCACCAUCUCUGAUGUCAAUGACAAUCGCCCCAUCUUCAAGGACAGUGAGCUGGAGGUCACGGUACCAGAGAAUGCCCCCAUGGGAACAUCGGUUGCUCAGCUCCAUGCCACAGAUGCCGACCUGGGUUCUAAUGCACAGAUCCACUUUUCCUUCAGCAACCAGAUCUCUGCCUCCACCAAACGUCAUUUUGCUAUUGACAGCUCUACAGGACUGAUUACUGUGAAGCAGCCACUGGACAGGGAGGUAACUCCUGUUCAUAAACUCAUUGUCCUGGCCAGCGAUGGCAGCUCUACCCCGUCCAGAGCCACAGUGACUGUUAAUGUAACAGACGUUAAUGACAAUGUUCCCUCCAUAGACACUCGCUACAUUAUCAACCUGGUUAAUGGGACUGUUCUGUUGUCUGAGAAUGCUCCUCUCAACACCAAAAUAGCCCUAAUUACUGUAACUGACAAGGAUGCAGAUCUGUAUGGCAAAGUAGCUUGCUACACUGACCAUGAUGUUCCAUUCCGGUUGAAGCCUGUCUUUAAUGAUCAGUUCCUACUAGAGACAGCUGCCCCCCUAGAUUACGAGACGACACGAGAAUAUGCAAUUAAGAUAGUGGCCUCGGAUAGGGGGACGCCCCCUUUGAACACUUCAGCUAUGGUUUUAAUUAAAAUCAAGGAUGAGAACGACAAUGCACCCAUCUUCCCCCAGCCGGAAAUCCAACUUUCCAUACCGGAGAACAAUGACCCCUCUACACAGUUAAUAAAAAUAAGUGCCACUGAUGCAGACAGCGGACGUAAUGCUGAGAUAAUUUAUACUCUUGGCCCCGACACACCUGAUGGGUUUAACAUAGACAGACGGUCAGGAAUCCUCUCUGUUGGCAAACGACUGGACAGAGAGAAGCAGGAGAGGUACUCAUUCACUGUCAUAGCGAGGGACAAUGGCUCCACUUUCCUACAGAGCAAUGUCACUGUCAGGCUAAUCGUCCAGGACCUUAAUGACAACAGUCCAGCUUUCACACACCCCGAGUACAACUUCUAUGUGCCUGAGAACCUGCCUCUCUUUGGAACUGUGGGCUUAAUCACAGUGACGGAUGCAGAUGCAGGAGAUAACGCUGUUAUAACUCUGUCCAUUUUGAACGGCAAAGAUAAUUUCAUCAUCGACCCUCAAACUGGUGUGAUCAAGCCCAAUAUCACCUUUGAUAGGGAGCAGCAGAGUUCCUACACAUUUAUGGUCAAGGCAGUAGAUGGAGGCCACCCUCCAAGCUCCUCCUAUGCCAAGGUCACGAUCAAUGUAGUGGACGUAAAUGACAAUCGCCCUGUGUUCGUCAUCCCAUCCUCCAAUUACUCAUAUGACCUAGUGCGAACCACCACCACCCCUGGCGCUGUGGUCACCAGGGUGUUUGCCAUUGACAAUGACACAGGUAUGAAUGCUGAGCUGCAGUACAGCAUUAUCAGCAGCAUCAUCAUCACAUCUAGGGUCUCUCCUCGAGGUCUCUUUGCCAUCGACAAAACAACUGGUAACAUAACACUACAGGAGAAAAUACUGACAGCCGAUCAGGGGCUGCAUAGGCUUGUUGUCAAGGUGAAAGAUCUAGGCCAGCCUGAGUCAUUACACGCUAUCGCGCUUAUUCACUUAUUUGUCAAUGACACUGUGUCAAAUGCUACCUUCAUUCAAGAGCAGCUGCGAAAAAGUAUGGAGACACCCUUGGACCGUAACAUUGGGGACAGUGAGGUAACACCUCAAGCCAAUGGAUAUGUGAUUGUUGUCAUAGCUAUCAUAGCAGGGACCAUGACUGUUAUCUUGGUGAUAUUUGUGACUGCCUUGGUGCGCUGCCGGCAGACACCCAGACACAAAGUGGUGCAGAAGGGCAAGCAGAGUGGUGAGUGGGUGUCCCCCAACCAAGAGAACCGUCAGAUCAAGAAGAAGAAGAAGAGAAAGAAGCGAUCCCCCAAGAGCCUCCUCCUGAACUUUGUGACCAUAGAUGAAUCCAAGCACGAUGACCCUAGCCAUGAGCAUGUUAAUGGUACGCUGGAUCUCCCUGUGGAGCUAGAGGAGCAAACCAUGGGGAAGUACAACUGGGCCACCACGCCAACCACCUUCAAACCCGACAGCCCAGACUUAGCCAAGCAUUACAAGUCAGCGUCCCCUCAACCUACAUUUCAAAUCAAACCGGAGACUCCAGUGGCCCCAAAGAAACACCACGUGAUCCAGGAGCUCCCCUUGGACAACACGUUCGUAGUCGGCUGUGACUCACUCUCCAAGUGCUCAUCGACUAGCUCCGACCCAUACAGUGUCUCAGAGUGCAGCUGUCAGGGGGGAUUCAAGACUGCGGGGCAAAUCACCACCCGACAGAAUCCCAGCCAGACACCGGAGACGUCUUUUAACUCGCCACCCCCCAUUUGUCCUCAUAAGGAGGCCUGUCAACUUGGCAAGAUUACCUCUGUGAAUACCCAGCGUCGUGUGACGUUCCAUCUUCCAGACGGUUCCCAGGAGAGUUGCAGUGAUAGCGGGCUGGGGGACCCAGAGCCGAGCAGCACGGCCAGCACCACCCAGCCUCUCCCCCUCAGCUUCCCCCAGGAGGAGUACUAUGAGCAGACGUCACCUAACAGCCGCACCGAGGGAGAUGGGAACUCAGACCCUGAAUCCACCAUUGAGGUGAACUUGCAGAAAGCCUUGGCUGAGGCCUCUGAGACCUGUACCCAGGAGUGUCUGAUACUGGGCCACUCGGACAGCUGCUGGAUGCCUCCAGCCCUGGCCCAGUUCCAGGGUCCUGGCAGCAACAGCCCCACCUCCAACCCCGCCGUCAUCAUUGGUACCCUCCCCUCUUUUGGCUUCCAGCAGAGCUGUGCCCGAGGAGCCAGAGCUAACAUGGGAGGCAUGGGGGUCAUGGACGGCCGCCAUACCCUGGGCAGGUCUGUGCCCAAAAAGGAUGAACUGGACAAAGGGAUCAACCGACCGCAGUUCUACAACACCCUGGACAGACACUGCAGUAGUAAGAAGGAGGACACCAUCAAGGUCAUCCCCCUGGCGAGUUUUUCCCCCCUCGGUCAGCAGACGCCCACCGGCGGGGGCAGCAGCUCUUUCUUACAUGAGCACCAGUUGUAAGCAUAACAGACAGAGCUGCGCCGGCCUGUCGUACUUGUGACUCCCUCCUUUGACGGCUUUUUGUCAGUGACUUAUGAUCAGUGUGUAUGCGUACGUGUGGAGGUAUGCAUAAUUUGAAUAACUUUGACCAGCUCCUGCUUAGUUUUACUAAUGAAGACAUCUGAGAAUGGAUUUGAUCUUGACGAUGUCGUUCAGACAAAACCAUGCGGGGAUCAGUCUGAAAGCUUAAGUCUCUGAAAGGAAAUGUAAGUGUUAACAUAGCAGACCCAUGUACAAUAAAUAAAAGGUAGUUCUAUACCAAAGUAGAUUCAUCACAGAAAAAAAAAAAGUUUUUUUGCUUUCGGUUUGACAAUGUUUGCUUAGUGACAUGACAGGGCGAUGUACGCUUUAAAGUCCUCGGGCCCAGCAAAAAAAAAAACGUUCCCUUGCACAGAAACAAAUAAAAAUACAUUACUUUGUGUUGAGUGCACUAAACUGGGCUAAAUGUUAAUUAUGAGCUCUGGGUGGACAGUGUUUGUGUUCAAGUUCUAGUGAAGUAUUGCUCUGUAUAACACGCAGCACAAACUCCUUUGGUGGUGGGAGAUGUUUCUUUGUCUUCAAUGAACGUGUUUCAGAAGUCUAUUUUGGUCAGGGGACUGCAGAAGGAUAAAAAAAAAAAAGUCUACAAAGCAUAACUAGGCCAAUGUUAGACAGCACCGGUAAGCUUUUGUAUUCUACAUUUUCACCAUGGACCGGUACACAAACUGUUUCAGAAGAAAAAAAACACAAACUCCUGCACAUGCACACACAUGCCCCGGAUGUUUUCCAUACGGUGGUCGCCUCAUCUCUGCCAACUCUAUUAAGAAAAAUGUUCACUCCUAGCAUUAUAUCAGUAGCUUAGCCUUGAAAAGCGCAGACAGAUGCGCUUUGGAAAUGUACCCUUUGUUUCCUUCCCUUUGUUUCUGUUUCUUGCAUUUUUUCUCUGCUCAGAAACUCUCACAUUAUAACAGCCCUGGAGCCAAUUAUGAAAUUCUCAGUCUAAUUACUUUGAUGGGCGAUCUCAGAGGCGACCCUCAUUGUGGUAAGGAGGUCUGGAAUGAUUCUCUCGGCUGGCCAGAAACAUGCUCCACACAUGUAGAGGUAAUGAAAAGGUUACCAGCGCUUCACACACUCGCUCUCUUCCCAUCGUUUCAACGCAAACACCUAUGUUAGUGCUUCAAUUAAUAUUUUGCAUCUUCAUAUAGCUCAGUUUAGCUGCAAAGUUUCUACUGUCGUAUUUUUACUAUCCGUGUUGACACCAGAAUAAUUGACCGAGGUACAUGCAUAAAUUUCUUCAGGGUCCUGAGUCGAAGUGAAUUAUUGAUGUUAAAGUUAUUCUUGCAGUUGUCAUAAUAAUAGGCAUUGGCACCAUUUGAAAGGACCUUCCUGCAGGCUGCCUCUCACCAUGGUUUCACAUGCACACACUGCAUCACUGCCUGUGUGUGCAAAUUGUACUGAUGAUGAUAACUACUUCGGACUAACUCUGUAGUAACAGAUUGGGUGCAGUAUAAUCUAUUGCUACAGCAAUAAGUGACUUUGCUGAUAUCCAUUUUUCUCCCCAGUAACAUCCAAGCCAGGUGUCUACAUCAUCAGGUAUAUGAUUCAUGCGAUUCAUUUUUCUUGUACCAUCCUGCAAAUUGGGAACAGGCCUAAAUCUAUAAUGCAACGUGGCAUUCUCGAGGGAAGGCGCAAGGCAAAUUGUGUUUGCAUGCUCUUAGCUACCACGCCUAUUCUCUGUGAUACUAUAGGGUCAGGACUCUUAUCAUUAUGAAGGGAAUCUAUCUGAGGCUCUGAGAUGAUCACUAAAAGGAACAGUGUGUCAAGGACACAGGAAGGGAUAAUUCAAUUCCACCUCAGUCAAUUGUGAAAAUUGAUUUAAUUCAAAACAAGUCACUUAAAUAAAUCCUCUUCUAAACAGAUUGAAGAAAAUGUCCCAGUUUGGGAAUUCAAUUUCAGCUCAUUUACUAAUACUCAGAUGUUUGUUAUUUCUAUCUAUCACUCUCCAUGUCAUUUCCAAGGAUAGACAUGUUUCACCAAAUGGUACAAACAAUUCACAUUUAAUCAAAAGGAGCCUAUAUCAAAGGGAACAUGCAUCAUGAUGUCACGGGAAAUUGGAAUUUUAUCACUGACAAAUCCAACAUUUGUGAUAUGUGAUCCUAAAGUUUCCUCGAAGUACUCCCAGGUCUUUUCAGUCUCUGUUUAUGAUCACAUGAAUAAAUAGGGCGGAUCAAUCCCUGGUUGGACCGUUUCAACAAACAUAAAACUGAAAAAAAUAACAGCGGACUUUCCCAUUCUUUAACAAUGAGAAACACAGACGUUAUCUGCUGUUGGAGUGUUUAUAAAUAUGACACAGUAAAUUGUGCCCUUCCUCAUAUCGCAGAGGGAGAGAAUAACCAUGAGAUAAGUUAGAGAUGAUACACUGUCACACACUGUAAAAGGACGGUGAUUGUGUGGAAUCAUUUAUCCAAUCACACGUGUACAGUUAGCACAAUAUUACCUACGUGUAACUCUCACUGUGUUUUAACUUUCCCUGCCUACAUAACCCACAUGUACUGUAAACGCUGCAGCAGCUACAUUAAUCAAAAGAGAGGGAACAGUACAGUAACUGCAUGAAUGUAACUUCUGUAGGAUGUUGCUUUUGAUACUAACAUAAGUUAUUUUGUCUACUGCAGUAACAUAUCGUUUUACCAUAAGUCCCUUUAGAGGUAAACGUAGUGGUGUUUCAAUUAUUAAUUUAUUUUCUAAGCAAGGAACAUAACAUACGUGUGUUUGUUUGUUUGUUUCUUUGGGAUGAUUUGCUCGUCUGCCUGUGUCAAAGGUUUUUCAUCGCUCACAAAACACACAGUGACAAAGACAAGAUGUGACGACAUGUUUUCACUUUGCACGAUUCUGCCCUCAUUCUGCUAUUUUCAUAGUUUUCUAAUUCCCUCUGCCCUGAUCAUAGAAAUAGAAAAGACAUUAUACUUAAGACUGGAAAUUGCUUUUUUAAGUUUCUGAAGAUUCUCUAUUCAAAUGUGUGUCAUAAUUACCAUGCCCACCCGUGUCAUGAUUUGCAUGAACUGUUUGGACUCGCACAAGGCGUUUUGACACUUGCCUGUGGGUGUCCUCGCAUCCGUCAUUAGAUUCAGUGUCCGUAUUGGUGUUUACUACUCUACCUGUUUGUCUGUCUUAUGGAACAAAGCAAAUGUUAUACAGUGUACACAUUCGAACUUUGUGAAAUGUGCGUACCACUUAUGCCUCCGCGUACACACAAAUAUCUAUACUGUCCGGUUAACUGGAUUUUAAAUUGUACAUAGCAGUACCCCUCAGAACUAGUACCAAUGGUUACAAACUGGAAAGACAAACAGGAAAGAUGAACGGCAACAGGUUAUGUACUGGAAUUCAUUAUGUUGUUUCAAAAGGAAAGAAGUGAUGAGAUGACAAUCUCUCUUGUAAUGUAAAUGGCUACAUAUGCAUAAUAUUGAUGAGAGUGUGUUUGAAUGUGUUUAUAGGUGAUCUUGUAUGUAUGUGUGAGGGGGAAUGUGCGCGUCUCCUUGCAUGUAUGAAUGUGUGUGUGUGCACAUACGUGUAUACUGGCAUGCACCUUGCCAGAAUAUUUUAUGUACACAAAUGUAUCUUGUACAAAAAAACUAUAUCAAAAUAUGAUAUAAGACUUAAGUAUAUGCUUGUAAAUUAGUCAUCAGUGAGUCAGGUUGAGUUUUGCUUUGAGAGAAGGCUUCAAUGCUUGCCAGCGAAUCUGUAUUGGUCAGUUAAAGCUAUACAGUCUGUGUUGUCAUGCCUUUGUAAGAUAUUCCAUUUAAAUCUAUGAAAAGAAAAAAAAAAAAAGAAGUUCCAUAUGGUGAAAUGAUUUUUCUUGUCAUUGAAUUUUACUUGAGCCAUUAAAUAUUGCGUCCUCAAA